AUGGAGUUGCGGUUUGCUUUCUUGGUGCACAUUAGAAGGGACCGGUACAUCUUCAAUGCAAAGAAUAAGAAGAAAUUCCAAGGAGGUUUCAGUUAUCGGUUGCCAAUGGCUAGUAAUUGGAGUUUCAGACAAUCUGGGGAGGCUGAAAACCAAGAUGAGGCUCACAAUGCAGUCCGUGUGGAUGAUGACGCGGUGGGUGAGGACGAAGACCUUGAAGCUGUUGAAUGGGACCCUUUGAACCCUCAUAUGGAAGAAGGUACCAUUUUUGCAUCCAUGACUGAGUGUAGAAAUGCACUUGUGACAUACUGCAUCAACGUAGAACGUACUUUCAAAGUUGACAAGAGCGAUCAAGUCAAAGUGAACCCUUUUAAGCACACAUGCCAGGAAUCAACCCUUAGGAAGGAUACAAUCAGUAGAGCCAAGUCAAGAUGGGUGGCAGAAGAAGUAAAGAAGUGGGUGAAAGAAAACCAGCAAGUGGGUCCAAAGGAAUUGCAGAAGAACAUCAAAGACAAGUUCAAGAUAGAUUUACCAUACAUUAGGUUGUUCAGUGGUAAACAACAUGCUAUGGAUUCUAUUUAUGGUAACUGGCAGGAAAGUUUUCAGUUGUUGUAUUCAUUCAAAGGUGAAGUGGAGAGGACUAGCCUAGGUAGUAUUGUAGAUAUUGACCACCACACCGUGGAGUACACAUUCAGGGGAGUGACAAAGACAAAGGAAUGCUUUAGGAGGGUUUUUGUCUGCUUUGAGGCUUGUCGCCGAGGUUUUUUGGCAGGCUGCAGGCCUUAUUUGGCUAUUGAUGCCACUUUUCUCACUGGGAGGUUUAAAGGACAGUUAGUAGCAGCUUGUGCAGUUGAUGCACAUAGUUUUGUAUUUCCAGUUGCGUACGGUGUGCUGGAGACAGAGUCUGAGGAGAGCUGGACUUGGUUUUUGCAUAAUCUGCGCCGGGCUAUUGCACAUCCCAAUGGGUUGGUCAUUAUAGAUGCCUGCAAAGGUUUAGAAGUGGCCGUGGACAAUGUGUUCCCUGGAGUAGAGCAUAGGGAAUGCAUGCGUUACCUUGCUGCAAAUUUCAUGAAGAAAUUCAAAGGAAAGGUGUAUACCGACAAUUUAUGGCCAACAUCUUUGACUUGCAGUAUGAAGAAGCAGAACUACCACUUGAGGCAGUUAUACAUGAAUCCCAAAGUGAAAGAAUACUUGAAAACACACCACUCCAAGUUAUGGGCCAGAAGCCAAUUCAGUGAACCGAGCAAAGUUGACUAUGUGCACAAUAUUCUAGCAGAGUCUUUCAACUCAAUGAUCCGGAAACUAAAGGGUCAUUAUGUGGUGGAUUUGCUUGACAGGAUAAGGAUAGAAUACUUGCAGAAAUUUCAUUAUCGUGCAGGAAUAGCCGAGGAAAAAUUCAUGGGCCACAUUAUCAUCCCUGCCAUGAUGAAUGAACUGAAGCAGAAAACAACAGGCUUGGAAAUGAACAUGACUCUUUGCUCGGGUACCACAGCAGAUAUCAUAUUUGGAUAA